AUGGUCAGAUACAAUGAAUCCCUGGCCAAAGAUGAAUCCGGUCAAAGUGAGAAACAAGAGCAAACUCUUUUGGAUAAAUUCCCUCCUGAAGAACAGCUUGUCUUAACAACACCAAGUGUCAUAAUUGAUUCCGGAGGCAGAAUUAUUGUCUGGUAUUUGCCUGGUGCAAUGACCGGUAUGAUAAUGACUGAUAUGCAUUGUGCCACAAAUUCCAUGGGCAAUUUGUUGGAUAGUAGCAUCACAACCGGCAAGCCCACUGAAUGGAGGACCCACAAGUCCAAUUUCUAUCCGAGUCUGGAUGGGAAGAUCACAACCGGUUGUAUCAAUAUAUCGCCAGCAUGGUUUCAGCAAGGAAGAGAGAAACAUGGUUUCCCAAAUCUUGAUCCGGAAGAUGGCUUCUCACCGGAUGUAUCGGCCACAUUGAAAGGUGAUGUUGGUCGUAAUAUCAUGACCUCCCUUCAAAGGUCAGGUAUCCUUGUCUCCACUGCACUUCAGGUCAUGCACCCAAAUCUUUAUCAGGCUGGAAUCAAAACCCAAGUCAGGUUGGGUGAAUGGGCGACCCGACAUCGGUUACAUGAUAUGACCUAUCAUCUAAAACAUUGGACAUCUGUCUUCAAUGUGGUGUCGGUCAUUUGCAACCGCCGGUCACCACCUCAUAGGGAUCCGAAAUGUCGACCGGAGGCAUUUGAUAUCAUGACAACUGCAGGUAUUUAUCACUCGGUCAUAAUGGAUUUCAUGAAUCUUGGAAUCAAGUUUCUAUAUGGCUCCGGGUCAAUGUUGGCUUCAUCAUGUCGCUUUGUGAGACAUCACAUGCACAUGGAAGAGGGAAACCGGAUUGUCACUGCAUGGUACAUGCGAGAUAGCAUCCAUAAUUUUGUCGGAACUCCGAGGACAGACUAUGCAAAAUAUGGCAAUGUUCAAUGCACUGACCCGGUUGAGACGACACAUGUUUAG